GGCCACCGAGGGAGACGCGCGUCCUUCCGCCUCGCUUCCGCGCUCCCUCUCGCUCCCUCUCGCUCCGCGUCGCCCCCCGCUCCGCCCUUCCCCUCCCCUCCUGCCCCUCCUUCCCCGCUCGGCCGUGCACCGUGAGCGCCGCGAGCGCCGCCGCAGUCAGUGGAAGACCGCGACCGAGCGCGGUCGCCGUUCGCGUCGCGUCGUCCAGUGCUUCUCGGGAUCCCUUGAAUGGGACCAGGGUGACGCCGCGCCGCGCCUCCGAGAGGCGGCGGAUCGUUGUCCCGGACGGCGUCGAGGCGCGCGUCGGCCGCUCGAUCGCCGAUUGACGUAGGAAAGAGAGAGAGAGCGCGCGGCGUGCAUCUCGUUCGAUACGUCGCGCCUCCGACCAAUCAGCUGACGCGGCGCGCCCGCGCCCGGAGAGGAGCGCUCGAUCGGGAAACGGCGGCCUCUGCCGCAGUGCCGUCCGCCCGUCAGUCGACUCGCCUGGGCGCCGGGUGGCGCGGACGCCGACGCGGGGGUCGGUGAAUGGGCGGACCGCCUCGAGCGGGGAGCCGCGCGCUUACGCGACGGCCAGGGAUAACGACCGUUUUCGAACCAGUGCUCCCAGAGAGGCCCCCGCCUUCGCCCCCGCUCCCGGACCCUGUGACCCGAACCACUCGCCGCUGGAGCGACCGGCCGACGUCGACGAGCGAGGAGGAGCAGUGAAGGCCGGGAAGCCAACGGGGAGACGGCAGAGUGUCCAAUCUAGGGAAGAACCCUUGGAGGAGGAUGCUCGGGAGCUGGGCCUGGGAGGAAGAAUUGGAGCUGGGAGAGGGAACUCCGAUCCUGCCGGCGCGAGAGAGCCCCGACUCGACGCACCCCGUGCCCGACAGCCGGGUGCUGAGGUAUGCACCCAGCCGUUGUCAGCAGCCUCCUGCCUUCGAUCCGAAUCCGCCGCACUCCGGCCUGCAGCCGAUCAGGUCCUCUAUCGACUCUUGAGGCGGCGAACAUGCUGACCGCGCAUCCCGAGAUGCACGAGAAGCGGGAUUCCCUAGGAGUCGGUGGGGGCGGCCAGUUCGGCGGGGGUGGCGGGACGACGGCCGUCGAGGAGAAGUCCGUCCCCGAGCAGCCACCCCCGCCGCCGCCGCCCCCGCAGAGAGACCCGUCCGACCCGACCAUCGUCGCCAAGAAACUUCCAAAGAAAAGAAAGUUCGACCCGUCCGAGCUCGAGGAGAUGGACAGGACCAGCAACGUGACCAGCAACGUCACGAGCAACGUCGCCAACGUGCUCGCCGCGAGGACGCCGCUGGUUCAACACUCGGCCCUGUCGUUGCCGCAGCCUCAACGGUCGCCGCACCGGCAGCAGCAGGUCGACUGUUAUCAGGCAUCCACGGCGCAGUCGGUCGUGGUCCUACCUCCGCAGAGCAUGGCCGUGGACUAUUCCCUGAGGGACGAGCCACCGCGCACUCGUCCUCGGCCAGCCACCAUCGCGGUUGAUCUCAGUGAGUGGCGCGACCACCGAGUGUUAGCUUUAAGGGAUUCUCGCUACUAUCCGGGCGUGAUACGCAACGCGACCCACGGCGAGAUCUUCAUCGAGUUCGACGGGGAGGGCAAGCUGGUGCGGUACAGCGACGUCCUCGGCGCAGGGAAGUACGACGUGAUAGGCGACGCUAGCCCGUCGGUAGGCCAAGUGACUUUAGAUGCGAAGGUUUGCGUCAGGUGUCCUACUACGAACAGUCACAUCGACGCGCUGACGAACGUAUUUGUCAAAGGGACCGUGUGCAAAAUACUGACGAAGCCGAAGCGCUUCGUCGUUAAGAUAUUAAGAGACGACGAUCAGAACGAGAAUUACGUGGUGAAGAGGGCGGACCUGAGGCUGGUGCAGCCGCCCUGGUGGGACGAGCUGGAGGAGGGCUUGGAGGACUGCGAAUCUUCGAGGGUGGACGCAGUCGAACAUGGUUACCGGAACUCCCUGGACGCUCCGGCACCGAUGCCGAUGUUACAACUACAUCACACGCCGAACCACGGGUCGCAUGUACCGAAUCAGAGUGACACGGGUGGUUACUACAGGACCACCGGUACGAGUCCUCUCAUGGCCCUCAACACUCCGGCUCAUUCGGCCAGCACCGCCCUCAGCAACGGUAGUAGACCCUACGACGAUUUCGAGAGUGAGGACGAUUUAGACAGGGAGGACAUCACGUUCCCGUCUGACGCAGAUGCAAAAUUGUCAGGGAGCAGCAAGAGAAGCAGUACGCAGAGUCGGGGAAGCACCAGUAGCCUAGUUGAGCAACGUAGCAUAACUCCUCGUUCUCAGGCAGCCACACCCAGAUCUCAGGCGGCAACGCCACAUAAAUAUAAAAAGGGUGACGUUGUGGUCACGCCAAGUGGGAUUAGGAAGAAGUUCAAUGGGAAACAGUGGCGUAGACUUUGUAGCAAAGAAAAAUGUCCUAAAGAGAGUCAAAGGAGAGGCUAUUGCUCUCGACAUCUUAGUUUAAAAGGAUCCGGGCUUCGAGGUCCAACGAAUACGUUUCCUGGUGGUAAAAUUGACGGAGAAGAGACGUCGAGGGACUCGGAUACGUCACCAAAUUAUGGCGACCGAAGAAUAGCUGGUCGAUUCGACCAAGAUGAAACGGAAGCUGCCAAUAUGCUUGUGUCCUUAGGAAGUUCCCGGUCCGCAACACCGGCAUUCUCGUCGCCAACGGGACAGUCGUCGAUAUCUCCGUGUAUAAACCAGUCUCCUGUGCCACCAUUGAGUCUUAAUCAAAACAACGUUUUCAUGCCAAUCUCCAGUCCUGCGCACCACGCGGCCCCACUGAUAUCGCCUGGUGCGAAGUGGAAGCACUCACCCACUCAAUCGAAUUUCCUGGUUCAGUACCAGCAACAAGUGAUCAAGCCGGAACCUAAUCGGAUGGUUAGGCCGAGUCGACCUGCUCCGACCGCACCUGCCAGCAUAGGAACCAGCGUAAUAAGAAUCUCUCCCGUGGGACGUGGAAUACCCAGUCAAAAUUUGACCCUAUCCUGGUCCAGUCAGAGCCCACCGCCGAGACAUCCUUCCGUCGUGACCACUACCAUGGCGCAACAGCAACAGCAGCAGCAGCAGCAACAGCAGGGGAUCAUCCUGCAGCACGCCCUGACCUCGAACAACGGGUUUUCCGGCCGUCCCGACGUGCCGGACCAGAAUCCUCAAUUGCUAAAACCACCUCAUUCGCCUCAUAUUCCUUUGUCCGCUCCGCCUCUCCAAAACCUGAGCCUUCUGCACAAGUCUCAAGAGCAACCCGUUGAUUACGCCCAACCUCAGGCUCAACCUCAGCCGGUUUAUGUCAUGCAACAUCAGCACGAAAAGAAGUACGUCGUGAUAAAGAACAGCAUGGACGUCACCCCGCCCGGUCAUAUGGGGAAUCAGGAUGACAAAUACCGGCAAGGUAUGAUGAAUCAUUUGGGACAGUUACCGCCGUUGCAUCAAUCGCAGUGUCAACCUCCACAGUCACCCGCGGCUGCAUCCGUCCACACGGAGAAAAUGCCUGUUUUGCACCAGGCCAGUAAACCUGGUCAUCUCGUCUCUACUCGUAUGGAUGUGCAAAGAAGUCAACCUCCGCCGACCAGUGUCGUAAUGUCUGCCACCACGGCGAUAACUAAUACAUCAACUCCGACGAGUGUCUUUCAGCACGUGAUCGUUCAACCGGGACACUUGGUACAAGUUCCAAAGGCUCAACCCCCAAGGGAAGAAAAUACCAAAAAUAACGGAGUACUGUAUGGCAGCCACGAUGUUCCUCCUGCAUACCAGCCCCACCCCCCAACGUUGCUCAACAAUGCUGUGCGCAACUGGAAAAAAGCUUUUUCCUGGCAGACGACAGUCCUGGAACAGCCGGAAGUGAGUCCUCCACCUUCGGCGUUGAGUCCACCCCUGAGCGCACCCCCGAUCCCCAUGAGCAUAAGCAAUCCUAACGAGGACGGUCCCGGUCCAGGACCAGAUCCCAUUACGCCCGCGGAGGAUGAAGACGAUGAUGUUUUCGAGACCGAAUCGGCGAUACCCACGGAUAUCGAGGCCAAUGCUAACAAGAGGCGCAGUCAAUCCCUCAGUUCUUUGCACACCAAAGAGCCCCCCAGCCCACUAAAGACUAAGGACAGGAUUCGGCGGCCCAUGAACGCGUUCAUGAUAUUCUCCAAGAGACAUCGCGCGGUGGUUCAUCAAAGACAUCCGAAUCAGGAUAACCGGACCGUGUCUAAAAUUCUGGGAGAGUGGUGGUACGCUUUAGGCCCGGAGGAGAAACAGAAGUACCACGAUCUGGCUUCGGAGGUCAAGGAAGCACAUUUCAAAGCUCAUCCGGAUUGGAAGUGGUGCAGCAAAGAUAGAAGAAAAUCAUCGACGACCAGUUUCAAAGGAGGCGAGUCCAGAGGAAAGCUAAAUAGUACCGGAGAGGAAACCGAUAUGGGACCUCCGGUGGAUGACGUCCCCUUGACGCCGAGAGCAUCGGACGAUGUACCCGUGUCGAUCGCGACCGUCUACAAUGAUGCUCCCAGUGUAGAGAUCGUCAACCAGCCGUACCCCCCAUGUCGCGUUCCCGACAUGUCUUUACAAGCUGAAAAUACGGACUCCGACGUGAAGCAGGAAGAAGACGGCAACGUGUCCGAUGACGAUCAGAUGGUCAUCUGCGAGGAUCCUCAACCGGAGAUAGAUCUAAAGUGUAAAGACAAAUUAACCGAUAGCGAUAACGACGGCCAGGAGGAAGACUCGGAGAAGAAUAGCUUUUCCCAGGCGCGGUUCUCCCCGGUGAGCGGGCAGAAGAGAGAAGGGCAGAAUCUAAAGAAAGAAGUAACCUGUCGACCGAAACCCAUAAAAGCACGCUUGCUAUCCUCGGGAAUGGAGACAACGACGAAGUACCAUCAUGCGUCUAUGGACAAAGGAGGCACAGUAUCGGUCUUGUCGACAACCUAUCCGUACCAGAGUCCAGUCAAUCCAACUGGUGUAUCAGGUUUUCAACCGACAGGUGGGGCGUUCAUAACCAUGCCAGUGUCUCCGAAAGUUGUGAAACCAGAGCCUGUGAAGAGCGACCAGCAGUACAGUACGCAGUACAGCGUAAGCAAUCUGGUGGCAAGUAUCCAUACCGAGAAUGGGAGAAACAUGCCCAAAUUUACUGCUGCGCCUGUUUUGCAUUCGAUUGGAUCAAAACCAAUGAUGGCUUUGUUGAAACAACAGCCAUUGCAGCCUUUAGGUACUGUCCAUCGGUCUCCCACGUCAACUGUCCCCUAUCAACCACCGCUCACUCUUACAUUGCUCGAUAACGAUUUGGUGGCUAUUUCAAAACCGCAGCAGGGAUCCCAGUAUCUCGGGCCGACUCCACCGCAUCCUAGGAUGUACUGUGGCUUUCACGUACCCAUCUCCGAUGCCAGUAGCCGAAAUAUGUCCGUGCAGAAUUUAGUUGCGGGUAACAAGGUGGAAACCCACAGUGUUAUCGUGAGCAAAUCGUACACCGCUGCAACGUCAAAUCCGAGUACGCCCAGUUAUCGGGGGAUCGGUCAUUCCAUUGCUCGUCUUGCCGAACCUGAGAAGAAUAACGAUGGCCACAUGAAUCAGAAUCAUGCUCAAUUUUACGUAAAUAAUAUCAAACCGGAUCAAGAGAGGAAAGACACGGUUAGCAUUCUUCUUCCCGUGGUAAAUGAAAAGCAUAAACCACCCUCGACGCCUCACACACCGCAUACGCCUCAUAACAAUCAAGGAAACAGUGAUCAUACGUCAAAUAAGUCUUAUUCAAUGGAAGAAUCCUCAAAUACGAAUAACGACGUAGGAAUGAAUAAAGGACCGUUUAUGCUUGCUCCAACUCCGGCACAACUCGGCCGAGCACCUCUGCAAAGGAGACAAUCAAUGGCAAUGCCUCCCACGUCGAAUGCGGGAGAUCAUGGGCCGCUGACGUCUCAGCAUUCCGACAACCGAGCACCGAUGAACGUUUCUCAGAACGCAGAGCAGACGCAACAGCAGAACCUCCCAGAGCCUCUCGCUUCUCCCUCGCCUUCUACCAAGAAAGGCUCGUUUUUCAAAAAGAACGUGGAAGAUGGCAUGGACAGAGUUCUGGAGCAAGUGAACUUCCAAGAGAAGUUUUCGUCGCUGCCAGAAUUCAAACCGGAGGACAUACAAAGUCCGAGCGCCAUCACGAUGAGUACACCUACGGGGUCCACGCAUGGUUCGGUGGCUUCCGGUCUGCACGGGUCGAAUCUGUCGUCGUCCAUACAGGGUUACCGUAAAAAACCUUCACAGGGACCUCAUAGAUCUGCAUUGAAUGAGGAUGACGCCGAGUCGGACGUGUCGGUAUCCGCUACGCCGAAGUCAACAACGAGCGUCAAACUGACCGGAAACACGUUCUUCGGGCCGGACUUCAACGUAGAGGCGUAUAGAGCGAACUCCGAUCUAGUCGGAGACGUUGACUCCAGUUCCCCGCGAACGCCAAAGACCCCCGGAGGAGGAGUGGGAAGUGGGGUAGGAGUCGGCAGGGGGGACAACGAACGAGGCCACAGAAAGGUUUUGGAGCAGCGAAGACAACUCGUCAUGCAGUUGUUUCAAGAACACGGUUACUUUCCAUCUACACAAGCUACCUCGACAUUUCAAGCCAAGCAUUCGGACAUAUUUCCAAAUAAGAUGAGCUUGCAGCUGAAGAUUAGAGAAGUUAGACAGAAGCUGAAAGCCAAUUCGACUCCGAUGAGUGCGAACAGUCUCGUCAGUCCGCUUCCGGUUUCGGAGCCAUCUCCUAGUGUCACUGGACCCUUGACUGCUCCCCCUACUUCGAUGGGUGCUCCACUCUCACUGCCAGUAAGCAGCAGUGGUAGCUAGCGCUCACGUGCCAACUGUGAUACUAUGCAUCCCCUUACUCCGCAACACGAGUACAUCAUUAUCCUUUGAGGAAGGCAAUGCUCACUCGGUAAACAUGAACAUUGAUGUACGGUCUCGUUGCAAUGCGUAAAGUGUGCUGUAAGGCUUCGGUGCAAUUUGAAUUUUCGUAUAGAUUACGGUAGCUGAAUCUAGCGAAGCAUCCCGCAGCGUGUUAACGUACGAAUCUCGGUUGCGACGUCGUUGAGUACUUUCGGCCGCGAGAAGUCGAGAUCGCGGGCCGGUGGCCGAUAGAAAACUUGCGCCAGUUUUUCGGAUUUUAUUUUUGCUAAAAAUAAACUUUAUAUGGAAAUAUCGCGCAUCGCGAUGUUAUCGGAAGGCGUGCGCGACGUGGCUAAAAACGAGUUCAGGCCCCAGAUACGUUUCCAGAAAGUCAACGCGGUGCUCGUUAUCGCGGCACGUGAUAACGACGUAGCGCUCAUUAUUCACUUGGUAGAGUGCGAGUUUUUCCUCUCGACGAGGCGAAGACAAUACCGUAUGCCAUGCAUUCUAAAUUGAACGGUGAUUCGGCGCAAGCGGUCAAUGGGUACGAGAGCUUUCGAUUCGCGCUCGUGACUCAUCGUCGAGGUUGCUCAACCGAUUUUUGUAACUUAACACGUCUCGAACGGAUUAGGAGAGGCCUAAGCCAUUGUUAAAUAUUGUUGAACAUAUUAUGAGAUCCAGUGCAGAGAGAGAAAUGGAGAGAAAGAGAGUAAGAUAGAAUGAGAUAGCGUGAGAGAGAGAGAGAGAGAGAGAGGGAGAGCGUUGUAAUCGGAGAGUAUUAGGAUUAGUGGAGAAAUUAUGAAGUGAAAUCAGAGUUUAUAUACCUUAGUUAUACUUUAUACAUACUAUAGUUGAACAGAGAGAAACUCUAUAGAAGGAAAGCUACGGUGAACAUUGCACAAAAUUUAUGUAACGCAAUCAACAGGCACGUUACGUGUAAAUACUGUGGUACAUAUAUAUAUAUGUCUCGUGACUAGAGAUAUGAUUCAGUGAGUGAGAUAACGAGAAGGGAUGGGAUGGAAAACGGAAAACAUUUUUAAAGUUGCCACACCGAGUGGCGUAACGUCGAAAGACAUUUUCUGGUGAUUCGUUGAUUAUCGUAUUGAAAACGGAAAAAAAAAAAUAAUAGAAGUGGAUUGCCCGUCACGCGGCGACAAGCAAGGGAAUGCAUGCUUUAUAAUUCCCUUGUUAGUAAUGAAUUAUCUGUUAGAAGACACUUGAUAUAAAUAAUAUGUAAUGUUUCCAAUGUUCCCGAAAGUACUUAUCGACUGUUUUUAGAACUUUGCUAAGGUUCAACGUAUUCCCAAAUAUUUUAUGGAUGUUUUAAACCUGGUCCUUUUUUUUUCCUUCAAUUUUUUUUUUGGCCAUCGUAGCGGUAAGCGAUUUUAUAUCGGCCACGAGCUGUAUUUUUCUUUUUUUUUUUUUGGCCAUGACAACGAUGAGUAUUUUACUUUCAAUUUUCGUCACCAAGGCGGAUUCUUUUCCACCGUUCCAAAAAACGGUAGACGUUUCGCGAAUAACUCAUUAUCGUACGCAGUGCGUGGAUCUUUUUAUUAGAGCUUUGGAUAUAUUUUACCCGUACCAGUAGCCCUCGCGUCUAGCGUGUUAUGGUCCUACUUGUUCUCACGUCCGAUUCUUUUACGUCUUUUCUUUUUUUAAGGUGGAGAGUAAAACGCUGUAAAUCAUUGGCCGAGUGCGUUGAAUUUUAGCGAAGGUUGUUGAAUUUGACUGUAAAAUAUAAUGUGUAACUAAUGGAAUGUUCACGGAAGCGCACUUUGAGAGAGACGCGAGGUCUCGCACCACGGCACGCAUACUGUAGUUAGGAUAGGAAGACCGUCUAUCUACAGAUUUUGUAAAUAGGAAGCAUUCGACACGCUAACUGAACAUAUAUUAUGUACAUCGGAGUAUAAUCGAAGCACUAGAGUACGUAGGGUUAUCAUUUCUAGGGUAGCAGUAUGAUUACCGAUCGUAAAAGCGCAAGCAGGAUUAGGUUAUUCCAGUUACGGGACUGCGGGGCUUUAACACGUCGUGGACCUCGUGCUGGGGAUGGUCCGGUUCUUUUUUUUUCUCCCUCGACCCACCUCCAAAGUGAUCCCUCUCCUGAAGUGUCGAAUCACUUUUAUUUGUACAUAAUGCGUAAUCGCGCCAUUGCCUCGGCACUCGUCGGUUCGCCGGUUCAUUUUCUACAAAGUGUCAAACGUGACGGUGGCAAGCAGCGGCUAGUAGAGGGACCCUGGACACCUGUACCGGUCUUUAGAAAAUCUUUCUUACUUGGUAUUUCGAGAAAUUCGGGUUAACCGGCGCAUGUUACGGUAUAUGAAACUCGAUCGACGAUAUUCAACCCAUUCUUGUACGCGUCCGUUUACGCGCGGGUAUACAGCCUGAGGCACCAACGUUUGUACUUAAAUUGCAUCUCGAACAAUAUUGACUUUGUUAUGUCGAAGAGUUGGCAGAUACGGUAGAAUUUGAGAUGAUUUCAAUUCCCCUCGAGGCCGCGACUCGAAAGAUCGCUAUCGGCUACGAUAUCAAUGAACCAAAUGUCAAGAGAAAAUAUGCGCUCGUUGCUGAACGAUGUACUGAAAAAAAUUUUCCAAGAUCGGCCAUCUUGAACGAAGUUAAAAUCUCAGCUACGGAUGUUGAACGCCUCAUCCUGUAUAAAUAAAUAUUUUUAGAACGACGCCUCGUGCGUUGAUUGUCUGUACUUAUGAAAAUUUAGAUCGACCUUACGAUGCAACGAUUCCGAUGGAGCACUAGGCUUCCAUUGCAAAGUACUUAUCUCGUAUCAUCCGAUUAGCGUGCAACAACGCGGUCGAAGACGCGUUGCCAAUCGAAACGAUGGAAGCGCAGGAGUCGCGAUUUCGUUGCUAUCUUUAUAUCAUCUAGAUUUUAAUAGGGAACGGAUCCGCGGGGAGGCCCGAUGCUAUUUUUUAUGUUAAAAGUGAUCGAAUGGUCACUUGAGAGGAAUGAAAACGCAUAAAAGAGUGGCGAAAGCGGUACAUGUGAUUUUUAGGACGUUGCAUGAUUUUAACGUAAACAUUAAGUAACUUUCCGAUAAGUUAACGCCAGUCUGGGGAGAAAUAUCCGUUCGCGUUCGUCGAGUUCUCGGAUGAUCGCGCACAGGUUCCGAGAGAGGGAGAGAGAAAAAAGAAAAAGAAUCUAGAUAAAGAAGAAAAGUACUCGUAGCACGCGCCGUCGUUUCGGAAAGGUGUGCGACCAACGAAGUGUCAGGCUCAAAAUUCGUACCUUGAAUUUCAUUAAGCACCUUGACAACGCGAGAAGGUCCCGUUAUCUGUGCAGGGAUAAAGCGCCCUUCGUACUUGCCCCGCUCAAAGAAACGAAAUAAAACACUAUAUUUUGUACUUGUGUAAACUUGUAAGCUAUUUUCCAGUAUUGAUAAGAUUCUCGAGGUUGCUUAGAGCUACUUUCGCCCUUCCUUCUCCGUUUUUCACGAUAUUUUCUCUUCUCCGCGAUUUAGGUCUACAUAAUAUCUAUAUGUAUAUCGCUGUUUACUUUUCUUCUUCGCUCCCGAAUUUCCUAUCGAAGUUGAGAAAUGGCGAGGAAACUCGCGCCGCGACGAAACAGCCGUCCAAGUGACUGUGAUCUAGAAAUGCAGAAGUAAAGUAAAAGACGGCGGCUGACUCUAGCGGCCGUUUCCUCCCCAGGCGACUCUGCCCUCUUCCUGUCCGAACCGCACUUCGACUGCGCCCUCCUCUCUUGUCGGACAUUUUAUACGUUUAUCAUUUUGCGUUAACUGUACUUUUACGCUAUCAAUUGCUAUUAUAUAUUAUUAUUAAUUAUUAUUAAUAUUAUAUCGUCCUUUGUUUAAUUAUGAAAUAUUUUUAAAAUUGUUACAUAUAUAUAGAUAUAUAUAUAUAGAGAUAUAUAUAUAUAUCGAGCAAGUAUAAUGUUAUAGAAAUAUAUCACGUAAAGAAAAAUAAUACCAGACGCGUAGAGGCGAGACGAGGUAACCCUGAAUGUCAGUGCAUUAUAUUCUUCUGUAUAUAUAAGAUACACUCGAGGAAGACCGGGGACUCGAUACGAGAGAGAGCCGAUACCAUCGAUAUAUAUUAUAGAUAUAUAUAUAUAUAUUUGACACUUUAUAGAAAAGUUUCUGGCAACGGCAUUAAAAUCGUCCCACGCAGCAGGCCUUUGUAUCUUGCACGGUAUGUUAUCACGGCCACCGAAUUUCUUGAGAAACGCCCUUCGAGCCGCAUUAUUUGCGCGACGAGAUAAUCGGUCGCUAGAGGUUUCUCCUCCCCCUCCACCCCCUUUAUACUCAUAUGUAAAUAAACGAGAAAUAUUUAUUGUAUCCCUUUGUUUGAAUCCGAUCGGGAAAUAGUGCCAGCGAGGAAAAAAAUGGCGAAAUUCUAGAGCUCGCGUUCGCUUCUCUCGCCGAAGCCUCGAGACGCUCGGCCGUAAGUGCGCUUCGUCUUUUGUCCCGUAUCGUUAAGUAUCGGAAACUCGGCUUGCGAAUCGCUGGUACGGCUCGCGAACGUAAUUCGUCUUCUAGGACGAGUUCCUUCGAAUUAUUGGUGACGGGCCUCGAGUCGAACCAUUUGGUCGCGGGGAUGUAAGUUGCCAUCGCGAAGGAUUUUAUUCUAAUCGGUUAUCAUUGAGAUUUGUCGUUAAAUUUGCAUCGGCGUCACGUAUCCUUGCGACUAAAUUUGUGCGUUUAAAUGUUGAACGGUUCUUUGUAAAAAUGUACGCGUUGGUUAUUUUAAUGACCCUUAUGUGCUUACAUCCCUUGAAUUGCCCCGCCGAAAAGUGGUCUUAUCAGCGAUUGCGUCCUGGUCGAUUUUAAAGUCGAUGCCCGAACACGAGAACCAGCUCGUCGGACCAAAAUGCCUAUGCGGCCACUCUGACACGCGAUCGUAGUUGCCCCGGCUAGGAUCUGGCAAAAUUGUCAAGAGGACACUAGAAAAAGAAAGGAGUCGAUAUCGAAAGGAUUCAGUUUGGCAACGAGUGAUGUAGCAAUUGCUUACGCAGCGUAUCGUGGCGGGUUCCGGAUAAUCUGCCAGCGUCAAAAAUUUAAUGAAACUGGUUUUCAAAUUAAUUAGGCUUCGGAAUCCUUUUUAAAUAUUUUUAAACGUUUUAAGUACUCCGAUAAAUCGAAUUCGAUUCAUCUUAGUAAAUGCAGUUAAAUUGUCGGGGACAAACAAAAUGAAGUGUUUGCGAAUGGGGAAAGCGGGCAUAAACGUGGUGCAGCGGGAAAGGAAUAAAUCGGAAAGGGCAUCCAUAAACCGAAGAGUAAAUAUCAUUUCUAAGUCAACCGCGAAGCGAUUUAGAACGGAAUUCAUUCAUUAAAGGGCAACUCUCUAUGUGCCUGAAAUUAAUUGUACUUGCGCGGAACACAUUUCAACGGUCCUCUGGAGGAAAGAACAAUUUAUGGAAAAAGUUAUCUCAUAACUUGGAUAGCUACUCACGCUUUCAGAUAUUUUUGGUUAAACAAUGCAAUAUAAAAACGUUCUUGUACCCGAUCCGAGGUCCUCUUGACUUUUUUCAAUGCACAUGUAACCGAGAUCGUUUGCGCGAACGCUUGGAUCGAUCGUAAUGUCGGCGGCUAUUCAAUUGGGUAAAAAGAGAAAACAAUCACUCGGUUUCUCAACUACGGUGAAGUCUCGGUGGAGUCGGGGCGAUUUUCGUGAAAUGCGUCGAAAACGUAGCAGUUAAGGAAUACUGUAUUUUUUAGGGAUGUAUCCGAUUAGCACGAGUAAUCGUAAGAUCAUGAAAAAAUUACGAUAGGUACGUAAGACGUUUCUUCUUUUUUUUUUCCUUUUUUUUGGUUGAGUUUAAUCUGGAACGAGCGAAUCGUCAUCGAGGGCCUCUGUACCGUUAACGUUAUCCUACCACUUGCCGUAAGAGAAGUAGCGUAUCGAUGCGACUAGAAAGAAAACGGACGAAACCUUGAAUAUUAUACAGGAAAAUAUAAUCAGAUGUAUAUUACAGAAGCAUAUAUAUUGUAUACACCGAUGUCCGGAUAUGAAGUAUUGAACGAGUGUUAUCGAAUAAAAUGAUGUAAUCUGUGUUGACAAUC